AAAACCUCAUUUUGGCCUCUUUUCUGAGCUGAGGCUGCUGUGCUACUCUCCGACCUGUUGCAGACUUGAAAGCCCUCUCCCGAUCGAAGUGAAGAGUAGAGAGAUGGGUGAAGAAGAAGCAAAGGGUUGUGCCGUGGUUCCCGAGUCAGUAUUGAAGAAGAGAAAGAGGAGCGAGGAAUGGGCGCUUGCGAAGAAGCAAGAGGUCGAUGCCUUGAAGAAGAAGAAUGUAGAGAACCGGAAGCUUAUCUUCAAAAGAGCGAUGCAGUACGCGAAAGAGUACGACGAGCAGCAAAAAGAGUUGAUUCGGUUGAAGCGUGAAGCCAAGUUGAAAGGAGGAUUUUAUGUCAAUCCAGAGGCUAAACUGUUGUUCAUCAUCCGAAUCCGUGGUAUCAAUGCAAUGCACCCGAAGACCAGAAAGAUUUUGCAGCUUUUACGUUUAAGACAGAUAUUUAAUGGUGUCUUUCUGAAGGUAAACAAAGCAACAGUGAACAUGUUGCACAGGGUGGAGCCUUAUGUGACAUACGGAUAUCCCAACUUGAAGAGUGUUCGUGAAUUGAUCUACAAGAGGGGUUAUGGGAAGCUAAACAAACAAAGAAUUGCAUUGACUGACAAUUCAAUUAUUGAACAGGCUCUUGGUAAGUAUGGAAUCAUAUGCAUAGAAGAUCUUGUUCAUGAGAUCAUGACUGUUGGUCCCCACUUUAAGGAGGCAAACAACUUCUUAUGGCCAUUUAAGCUCAAGGCUCCAUUGGGUGGGUUGAAAAAGAAGAGGAACCAUUAUGUUGAGGGAGGAGAUGCUGGAAACCGUGAAGAUUACAUCAAUGAGUUGAUCAGGAGGAUGAACUAGAGAUUUUGCAGGAUUUGGUUUCUCUGAGGUUCUUUCUUAUUUGUGGUAGAAACAUCUAAAUUUAGUCCCCCUUGAAAUAGGGAAGUCCUUUUUCACCUUUAGAAGACAUGAAGAGUUAUUGGCAAUUUUGUUAUGACUACAGUUUCUGGAAUGGUCUAUUAUUAAAUCUAUUUCUUUAUGGUCUCUCAAAUUUGCUGUCUUGGAAGUAUUGUUUAAGUUGGUUUGCU